GAGAUCCAGCUGAGGAUAUUCCCGAGGGUGAUGAGGCCAGCAAGCCUCUUGCCAUCGGGACCAAGGACAGGAAGCUGGUCGAAUCCUUUAUCCCUCAUGAGCUCAAUGGCCGUCUCACAGGUGUCAUUGGAUCGAAUCGUCGUCACCGGCUUUAACCUCAGUGAUUUGACCUUAGCAGCAGACAGCGGGUCCUUGUUUCCUCGAGCUGAUAAUUCCGGAGAAGUUGGAGCAGUCUCGGAAGGAUCUGAAGGGAGUAGAUCAUUUGCGGCAAGCCAGUCGUCAUCGGCAAACUAG